GUGACUGCAAUCAACUUACACAAAAUUGACUGACAUAUACCCGGCGAUCCAAGUAAUCAGAUUACAAUUGGCUCUCAUGCCUUUCUGAGACUGCAGCCUGCGCCCAAGGAUCCCAGCUUUAUUGCGAUUGGUCGCUGUUUUGUGGGCCCUACGGUCCGAUUCUUACACUCAACUUCAGCUGAGACACGACUGAGCAGCAGUAAAUUCGACUCAGGGCUAUCGAAGCAUGGAUUCAAGGCUGGAGAAAGGGCCAGUGUGUGGCGUGGAGAACUGUCGAUCUCGAUGGUACGAAGAAGGCGAAGACGGCUAUCGCUACUGCCAGAACGGACACCAGCAGUUCGGUUUGAUUCGCGCUGCGGAUGAUGACGACGAUUUUACCCUUGCUACCACAACUAGGACGCGCAAGAAGAAAGAUGCUGACGACCAAGUCAAAAUUGCUAAACACUUCAGUGGACAAGUAGGUCUUGACUUGUAUCUCAAAUGUCUUCAACUCAUCUUGCGACACCAAGUGUGGUUCUUGGUGAAAGAGAAGGGACUGCCGGAAGAAUUAGAGCUGCUUACUCUUGACCUGUGGGCUCUUCGGAUAGCGCAGUUUGGCGACAAAAUCACCAGCGACAGCCAUGGGAACUCUCAGUCUCAGUCACAAGUCUUUAAUACUCUCGAGACCGAUGACAGCGAGACUGACGACGCGCGAGGCACCCUCAGAAGUGCCAAAGGCCGAGAAAAGAGGCUUCACAGCGUGCCCAACCUUCUUGACUGCUUAGCAUUAUGCUAUCUAAGCAUUCUGACGUUACGAUUACCGGUCACGCCAGGAGACAUUUAUCACUGGGCCACAGAAGGCAAGCUGGCUUACCGAGGAGCGAUUAAGCAUGUACCUUUACCGAUGCGAGACCACCUGUCACCUUCGUAUCAUGCCACUUUAAAUCCCAAUGCACUCCUCAAGUACAGACGAUUUUACGCGACACUCACUGAUCUGCAAAUCAGCCUCACGAAUGAACACAAGAUAGCUUGGGCGCCGCUGAACCACCGUCUUUUGCUCUUCCGUUACAUCAAGGAGCUGGCUCUGCCCCUCGAGGCCUACGAUUGUACCAUCCGACUCAGCAAACUUCUCGGUCAUAAAUUCGUUUUACUCCAGGAUGGUAAGAGGCGACUUGGUGUGCGACAUCUACCAGAGGUCCAGCUUGCUGGCUGUCUUAUUGUUUGUGUCAAAUUGCUCUAUCCAUUUGAUAGUAGUCAAAGACACCCACGUUUGCCUAGUGAGCCCACAGCAGCAGUCGUCAAUUGGCCAUACUGGCAGGAGCAGAUACAGUCCGCCAAGUCAGAACAGGGAAGUGAAAACCAGCGGUACACAAUCGAGGAGCUGACGAACCUUGAGGAGCAAGACGUCUUCGACAUGGCGCCAAACCGGCUGGACCAAUAUCUCGACUUCUAUGCGGAUGCGUUCCUUGAUGAUGCAGAAAUCAAACGCACAAGAGACACAGAUGACUUUCGCAAUGCGAUAUAUGGCAUGUUUCCUAUCGAUCGACAAACGACAGUUGCACCUGACGAGGACCUGGAAACACGGCCAAAGAAAGACGAUAUGGCGACGGUCAGGGCUGUGCAUGGCUCCAUGCAAGCAAGGUCUGAAAUAGCCGAUGAUGACUUUAGCCUUGGAGUACUGCGGCCAGGCCAGUCAUACAGACUCUACAAGAAGGAGAACGAGCUGCCAGAGCCCGCAAAGGUAUUCUACACUGAGGUUGCGAAGCUGGCUGGAUUGUCCAUGGACAUGUUGAUGAUGGCGGUCUUCUACACAGAUGCGAGGAUUGAGAAGUGGCGCAGGAAGCGUAAACAUGUUGGCGAGCAAACAGUGACCUAGAAGACUGAUAGAUUCAUAUGUAGUCCAACUGGUCUAGAGUUCAGGCGUGCUGAACUAAAGAACGUUGUGCUUCGCAGACGAAUACAAAUAUGCAGGUGCUGGCUUUUAGCAUCCCAUGGUGUCUCACAGAGUUCUUAGCACAAACCACAGUACAAGCCAUGUGCACUUUAACCAGAAUUAAGCAGAUGCUGGGAGAUUCCAGGCUUGCUGAUGUGAGCCCAUAUUAACUCGUGAAGGAAGGAGACUACAGAAACUUGUAGUGCACUGCUGAAACUCGCGUAUUAUCCUUCAGUGGUCAAUGAAUGCCCAACCGCACGCGUUCGAUUUGUUGAUGCUGGUGGAACUUGUUGCUGUC